AUGUUGUGGAUUUUGACAUGGUGUUCCCUGAGAUCUAGGGAUCCAGCCGUACCUUCUCAGAAGGUACUUGGCCCUCCUGGCGCCGUGUCGAACACAUCACCUGUCUCAGAGGGUGUCUGCAAGUACUUGCAGAACACGGUGACCAAGUUCAGUGCCUCCGCCUCCGUGGUCGCGGACCCGGAGGAGGCAAAGAAUGCACUGACACCCAUCGCGGAAGAGGUGAUCAAAGCGUUCACAGCCACGCUGGGCACCUUGCUGUCCAUCAGCAGCGGUGCAGGCGCGUCUUUGGCGAAAGAGUUGCAGGAGAGCGGGCGGCAACUCACCGAAGCCCUGGACGCUUUGGGCUCCGCGGUUUGCACGGGACACUUGGCCACCUGCGCCGCCAAGGUCCUGGAGUACGCGGCUUCCUUGGAACAGAGCUCUACCAAGAACCGGGCAGCCCUGAUGAGGAGGCUGCUGAAGUCGUUGUCGCAGCUCCGGGAUGCCAAUCGUGAGAUGCAGGAGGAGCUGGACGGUGGCUCCACGGCCGUCGACAUCACCAGCGGUGACGAGGAGCUCCUGGACGAUGAGGACGACCUGGUGAUGCCACCCAUGGACCCCAGCGAAAGGCAGGUCUGCGGAACGGGUUUGUGGUCGGGAUGGAAUGAAACCCGGUUGCAGUGGAUUUAG